ACCCGACCAACCUCACUAUCAACAACUGAGCAACUUUAUGAAACUUCAAGUUAGUUUGACGAGCAAAGUUUAUUAUGUGAUGUGAUCCGUACUUUGGUCGAUUUUUUUCAGAACCUGUUGAUGUUUGUAAAUAAGUUGAGCCCGUUCAGUAUGUGAUUUUGUUGUGUUUUAUUGUUCGUAUUACAAGUCAACGUGUGAACCCUAAACCGGAGUUUGAGCCGCCACAAACAUGGGUUUGAAUUUAUCAUAUUUGAAAGAAUCCUCUUCGGAGGAGACAGAAAGGCCCGAAAGUGUUAUUUCAGCAAAAUUACAUGGUCGACAGGCUAGUGUGCGGCAGAGUACGAUAAGACCUAAACAAAAACAACCGAUGCCCGAUCCCAAUGAACUAGAGAAAAGAUUUACCAAAGUAUUGGCUUCGAUGGAUCUUCCACCCGAUAAAGCCAAAUUACUGCGAAACUACGACUCUGGAAAAAAAUGGGAAAUAAUCUGUGAUCAAGAAAUGGUGCAAGCAAAGGACCCACCGUCUUACUAUCUGAAUAAACUCAGAACUUAUUUGGACCCAAAAGCUUCCAGAAGUCAUAGAAAACGAAAAAUGGUGGGCGAAUCGACUUCGACUCAAGUGCUCAGAGAUCUAGAAAUAUCAUUGCGGACCAACCAUAUAGAAUGGGUACGAGAGUUCUUGAAUGAAGAUAACAAUGGCCUAGACGUCCUCAUCGACUAUCUCAGCUUCCGACUAGCUAUGAUGAGACACGAACAGAGGAUAGCCGAGUCUCGUUCAGAAUCAGAGGAAAAACUCAAUCCUUCCUCUCCAAACUCCACCCUAAACUAUCAGAAUUCCACCUUGGAUAGAACGAAUGGACAUCUUAGAACUUCUCUGGAUAUCAGUGGCAGUCCCAGUCUCAAGAGGAGAUCUAAACACGUGGCCAAGUUGAACAUGGGAGAGUCCAAAGAUGACAUUCACGUCUGUAUUAUGUGUAUGAGGGCUAUAAUGAACAAUAAGUACGGAUUCAAUAUGGUCAUCCAACACAGGGAAGCUAUAAACUGCAUAUCCCUCAGUUUGAUCCACAAGAGAUUAAGGACUAAAGCUUUGGUAUUGGAACUUUUAGCUGCCAUUUGUUUGGUCAAAGGUGGCCACGAAAUAAUUCUUUCGGCUUUUGAUAACUUCAAAGAAGUGUGUCAUGAAAAGCACAGAUUUGAAACGCUUAUGAAAUAUUUUCUCAAUUACGAAGUGUUCAAUAUCGAAUUUAUGGUUGCCUGUAUGCAAUUUGUGAACAUUAUAGUACAUUCAGUAGAAAAUAUGAAUUUCAGGGUCCAUUUACAAUACGAAUUCACUGCCUUAAAUUUAGAUAGUUAUUUAGAAAAACUGAAACAUACAGAAAGCGAAGAACUACAAGUGCAAAUAUCAGCCUAUCUUGACAACGUUUUCGAUGUUGCUGCUUUGAUGGAAGAUAGUGAAACUAAAACUGCUGCCUUGGAGAAGGUAGCAGAGCUUGAAGACGAAGUAUCUCAGCUUCAUGAAAGGUUGCAAGAAUUUGAACAUCAAGCAUUGGAAAAAAUGGCUUAUUUAGAAACAGAAUUAGUCCAAGUUAGAUUAGAAAAAGACGAACUUAUGGAAAUAAAACGAAAAGCAGAUGAAGAAGUGUCGACGCUCAGAAGAGUGGUGCAACAUCAUGAACAAGAAUCUAAGAAUAGACAAUCUAUGUUUGAAUCGAAAAUAGCCGAAUUGGAAAAUGGUUCAAAAACACUUCCUAAAGGAAAUUCAAUGCCUGGCAUAUCUGAUGUCUUGAAGAACAAUACUCAAGAAAAAUCUUCGAUGCCAGAUUCUUCUGUGAUAAUACCACCUCCUCCACCUCCAGCCCCAGUUAUAGCACCACCUCCUCCACCAUGUCCUCCACCUCCUCCUGUGAAAGUGCCUUCAGCUCCAAUUCCACCUCCUCCAGCUGGUUUCAUGCAAGCACCUGAUGGAGCAAUGACAAUCAAGAGGAAAGUACAAACUAAGUAUAAGCUGCCGACAAUCAAUUGGGUGGCUCUCAAACCAAAUCAGGUUAGAGGCACAAUUUUCAAUGAGCUAGACGAUGACAAGUUGCACAAUUAUAUUGAUUUCCAUGACUUUGAAGAAAGGUUUAAAAUUGGUCAUUCAGGAGUUGUGGCUAAUGGCAAUAAUGAAGUAGAUGGCCUCACUUCUUUCCCUAGUAAGAAGUUCAAGAAACCAGAAAAUGUGUCACUCUUAGAACAUACAAGACUGAGGAAUAUUGCAAUAUCUCGAAGAAAAUUAGAAAUGCCUGUAGAAAAAGUGAUCAAUGCAGUUAAUAUGCUUGACCUGAAACAACUUUCAUUAGAAAAUGUCGAACUUCUACAAAGGAUGGUUCCAACAGAACCUGAAACCAAAGCCUACAGAGACUAUAUCACUGAGAAGAAAAAUAUUAAUUUAUUAACUGAAGAAGACAAAUUCCUAUUACAACUUACCAGAGUUGAAAGAAUAUCUGUGAAAUUAUCAAUUAUGAGUUAUAUAGGAAACUUUUACGACAAUAUACAUCUCAUUACACCUCAAAUACAUGCAAUAAUCUCUGCCUCAAAUUCAGUGAAACAUUCCAAAAAGUUGAGAUCUGUUCUAGAAGUAGUUUUAGCAUUUGGUAAUUAUUUAAACAGUAGUAAGAGGGGUCCGGCGUAUGGAUUCAAGCUUCAGUCACUAGAUUCACUGUUAGAUACCAAGACAACAGAUAAAAGAAUGUGCCUUUUACAUUAUAUUGUAAACACAAUCCGACAAAAAUUCCCAGAACUUCUGAAUUUCGAUUCUGAGUUACAUUAUAUUGAGAAAGCCGCAUUUGUUUCUCUCGAAAACAUCCAAACAGAUCUACAGGAACUGGAGAAAGGUAUGGAUUCUGUGAGAAAAGAGGCUGAUCUGAGAGGCAAAGGAGCUCAAAGUCUAGUCAUUAAAGAUUUUCUCCAAAAUUCUGAAGAGAAAUUGAAGAAAUUGAAAUCUGAAACUAAAACAGCUCAAGAAGCUUUUCGUGAAUGUGUUGAAUUCUUUGCUGAAUCACCAAGAACAACGGAUGCUAACACAUUUUUCCCACUUCUUGUUCGAUUUGUCAAAGCUUUUAAGGUGGCCGAUCAAGAAAAUGAACAAAGGAGAAGGUUAGAGUUAGCAGCAAUAAAUGCAAAUAAUAAAACAAAUGAGGAUGUGGUUAAAAAGAAUAAAAUCAAUCAGAAGAAACAGCAGGAUGCUUUGAUAAAUGAACUCAAACAUAAAACACGUUUAGUCAAAGAAAAGAAACUCCUUCAGCAAGAUGAGGUUUAUAAUGGAGCCUUAGAAGAUAUUUUACUUGAACUGAAAAGUGAACCAUACAGAAGAGCCGAUGCAGUAAGAAGGAGUCAAAGAAGGAGAAUAGACAGUAACAGACUCUCAAAGACUAUGGAAGAGUUUGAAAUUUGAACGAACACUAUUGUUUAGUGAAACCUUUCAACAUCCAAUCAAAACUAAAGUAAAAUUACUUGAAAGGUACCAUGUGAAUAUUGUAUACGAAAUCAUAAGAAAAUGAAAAAUUCUCCUGAACAUAUCUUGCCUUUUCAGUAAAUGUUAAUAACCAAUAAGUGCCCACAAAAUCCAAGAAAAGCAUAAAUCAUCAUCUUAUCACUGCAUAAUGCAUUAGCAACUCUGAUGAUGAUUUUAUUCUUUUGUGGUACAUCGUCAUUCUUAUGAUCAAUAAUGUGCCUUACCAUAAGUGUCAGUCAUAACAAUAACUUACAUCAAAAUAAUUUCAAGUUAACAGGAUUUUGAAAUUGAUUGGAAAUUAUUAGGAUUUAUUACAAUUAGUCUUUGAAAACUUCAACUUUUAAGUUAUGACAUUCUGCACUAUAUGUGAUAUUUAAAUUUAGAAUACAGAAUGUUUUGCUUUUGGAAAGGUUCUCAAUAGUUUACCAGUGUGUAGUUUCCUUUCAUUUUUCAAAAUUUAUUGCAUUUUCUUUCAUAACCUGUCUUUCUGAAUAUAUCAAUAUGGAUACUAUAUAUAGAUGUAUAUAGAACAAUUAUAGUAUUCAAAUUGAAAAUUUUGAUAUUUGUAAGAUUUUCCUGGCUGUUUUUUCCGCUUUUUCUUAUAAUACUAUUUAAAAAUUGAAACACUUUGUCAUCACGAAGUAAACCAACUUUUGAUAAAUAAAAGUAUUGUUAAUACAUUGUGGCACAAAUUUAUUUUUAGAGCAUCAAUUAUCAUUAUUUAUGCAAGAAAUAUCUUUUUGUUGAAAUAUAAAAGAUAACCUAGAUGAGUAAGUGUUAAGUUUUCAAAAUGAUGUAAAUAAUUUACGUUUUGUAUAUUAUUUUCGUAAUUGUAUAACCAAAAAUUUGUGAUUUUUUACUUAAGAAUGAUGUGUAAAUUUAUAAAAUACUUUAUUUUAUUUACAAAUGUUUUUAUAAAUAAAGUUAGAAUAUAUCUAUAUUAAUCAAGA